UACUAAUAAUAAACUCACCCAUCCAACUUUCUCUAGCAAAAGUAUAGAACACAUUUUCUUUGGUUACACAAAUGUUUCAAGGUAGGAAUAGGAUUGGUCGAAAAGUCACAAAUGCUCCAUAAAGAAUUCUAUAAAGAGCUAACUGAUUGGUAAUGGACAGAAAGCACCACUGCUUCAUGCUAAUUGGAUCCCUCGUCUAAAUUCCUCUCUCCCUUCGUACAAGUUACAACCCCCUAGUGGUUCCAGAAGGUGAACUUACGGUUGCCGAGAUUCUUUGUCCUGGUGAAGGCCGUUAGUGUGAUCUUAAAAUAAGUCAGUGGUUUGACCCACCCACUUGUAGUGCGAUUAAAGCUAUCCCUCUUCCUCGCCAGGAGGUGGAGGAUCGCCUGAUCUGGCAUGGCACUUUUGAUGGAGUUUUCACAGUCAAGUCAGCCUAUCAUCUGGUUGUCUGGCUAGAUAGAAAAGAUGGUGACUGGAGCUCUCCGGCAAGUUGGAUGGAUAGGCCCAGAUGGAUUAAAUUGUGGGGGAGAAAAUAUUCCUCCAAAGCUCAAAGUUUUCGUUUGGCAAAUUUAUAAUCGUCUACUUCCCAAGACUGAGGGCCUAAUUGAGAAACAUGUCCAGAUCCACCCCAAAUGUCUGGUUUGUUGGGCGGAUUUUGGAAACCUUGGAACAUUUGUUUUUUUAUUGUCUGGUGGCCAGGGCUUUAUGGGACUAUUCGAGCCUUGAAUAUCUCGGUCAAGGACUUCCCCGCCAUACUUUCCCGCUCUUUCCGAAGAAGUUGAUGUCUCUUAUACAUCAACCUCAAUUGCUUAUGGCGGUUAUUGCAGUGUUAUAGAGAAUCUGGAGGUCAAGAAAAUGAGUUGUUUUCAAAGGCAAACUUUGGGAUCCCAGUUUUAAUGCGACAAUAUCACCAGCAGUAUCAAGAGUGGGUGAAUUUACCAGUUGAUAAUGUUUCGUGCUUGCAGGCCCAACGAGCUCCAAGUGUGGGUGAACCUCCCCCUUACUCGUUUGUCUGCAAGUGGGACGGAGCAACUAAGAAGGGGUCUCAUUCGGCAGGAGGGAUGACAAUUAGGAGCCCAGAUGGGCCGCUGCUUUUGGCCAAAGGAUUCAGUUUGUGAGGAUUGAUGACCCCAUGGUCGUGGAGAUGCUUGUCCUCCGGGAAGCCGUGGUCUGGUGCAUGGCGAACAGGUUCACACAGGUGCGGUUUGAAAGUGAUGUCAAGGUAGUCAUUGAUAAAAUCAAUAAGGCGGAUGCUAGGGAUAGUCAGAUAGGUGCCCUUAUGGAAGAGGUGUUGCAGUAUUUUGCGAUUCAUGGUGGUAUGAGUGUGCACUUUGUAGGUCGCCGUAGCAAUAGGGUAGCCCACUUGGUGGCUAGAAAAGCCGUUCAAUUGUACCCGAUUGCGAGUCGCUUCUUUGAUUUUGUGGCCUGGUUGAAUUCCAUGAUAUAAUUGUCUAUUUUUUCUGGUUAAUAUAAUGAUUAUCUUUUAUAAAAAAAUUAUGAAGACGAAUUAUCAUUCAUCCAACUAGAGACGUCUGAGAUUGCAAAAGGAAACGUACACUUAGAAUAACGGUGCUCCAAUGACUAGCUACAUGAUAGGAUUGGAAACGCUAGUGGCAUGAAUUUUCUUCCAAAAGAUGUAAGACGAGUAGGCAAUAUGUAAGUGAUUUGCGACAUAUUUUUUUACUACGCAAAUUACUUAUCACGCAAAAGGGUACUCUCUAUUGAAUGAGUGGUUUACUGUAUAACUUUUAGUCAUCAAAUAUUAUUUUUGAUCAUUAUGAAAUCGCUAAUUUCGGUCCGAUCUAGGUGUCAACUCUAAAUACGUUUGCUCCCCCGGUUAGGAUCCGAAGGGCUGGUGCCCAAGAGGCAUGGACGAGAAUUGUCCAUCAAACCACAUAGUAGUCAUACUCGAUUAGGGACUUAUUCCCUAUUGAAUCACAAAUCAUCAGGUCCCCAAACUAACUAUUAGCAGAAACGGCAGAAACAUAAGGUGGCGUGAACUUACAAUAUGAUUGCGUGAAAAAUCAAUACUCUUACAUGAAUAAUGUAAAUAUGACGUACAUGAUACAUAUAUGACGUGAAUAACCCAAAAUUAAGUGUUUUGUCAUUUUACGUGACAAGAGACUUGACUCUUAUUCCUUCACCUUUUUCCCCCGCGCUAAGUUUCUUGAUGGAGGCGACAUGUGAUGAAUGCAAGAGGAACAGAGUAUGGCAUCCGCCAUGUUAAGUUUGCCCGAUCUGGGGCCUGCAACUCAAUUGGUUCUCCCCGCUACAAACUAUUAUUGCGGAGACAUGUAUAAUAUAAGACCAAAGAAACUCUGCCACAGUACUGCCAAUUAUCGGGCGAGGCACUCAAAGUGUUGCAAGACCGACCGCGCGCAGGCAGUCGCAUGCUGCCCACAGCCACCGCCAUGUGCUGCUACCCAGCUAGCUCUGCAUUUUGCACCGGCCACUCCCUGGCCCCUGCCUCCCUCAAUUCCUGACCGCCUAUGCAUUAUAAUUAUGUUGGUAGAUAUUUAUAUAUGUAUACAUGGUGGCAAUUUCGGUGCACUCACAAAAAUGAGUGCGUUCAGUGCACCCAACUCAAAAACUAGUCUUAAAGUGUCGGAUUUUGAAUUUUAUUUGUAGAAUUAGUGUAAUAUGAUGAUAUAACAUAUGAUAACAACAAAUUAGCGAUUUACCCUAAGCCCUAGACCUUCAAUUUUGAGUUCUAUCCCUAAACCCCAAAUUGUAAACCCUAACCCUAUCCCUAAAUCUCUAAACUCUAAAUCCUUCAAAUUUAAGUAAAUCUUUAAUGGUUUU